AUGACUCCAGAGACAUGCUACCCCGUUCAGGAAGAUGUAAAAACAGAGUUAGCUGAGGAACUAUCCAAAAUAAAGGUGGCAGAAUCAGAAGAUUUCACUAAGCCAGUAAAGUUAGAGAAGGAUGAGCAAGUACCGAACUUCGGACAAUACGGUGUUCAAAAUAAGACGUUUCCCAUGCAAGCUCUCACAAAAUGUGAUGGUCUUCGAUGCUCCCAAAGAAAAGAUCAUUGUUCUGUUUCUAUAUACAUAAUGCAUUUUUUCUUGUAUUGUGCAGAAGAAGAUGAGGGAUUGGAGAAAACAACUGCUUCAAAAGAACCAGGCAUUGUUGACAUAGACUCAGACUUUUCCAUUUCAUGUCAACCGCAACAGUCACUCAACGUCGAUGACAACGACGAUGACGACGACAACAACAACUUUGAACCCCACUCAGGUGGGGGCUUUGAUCUCAUCUCGGGUCAUCAUCAAAACUCCGGUGAUAUGGCCUCACGCUGCCCCAGAGGCCGACCACCUAGCUCGAUGAACAAGCCAAAGUCAUCGAUGAUCAUCACACGAGAGAGCGCAAACACUCUCCGGGCCCACAUCUUGGAGGUCGGAAGCUGCUGCAACGUCUUUGACUUUGUCGCCACCUAUGCCCGGAAGCGGCAGCGUGGGAUUUGUGUCCUCAGCGGAAGCGGCACCGUCACCAACAUCACGUUUCGGCAGCUCGCCGCAGCCGGAGUCGUGGUGACCCUCCACGGAAGGUUCGAGAUAAUUUCCCUUUCAAGAUCGUUCUUGCCCUCGCCUGUGCCACCGGGCGCCACCAGCCUCACUGUAUUUUUGGCCGGUGGACAAGGUCAGGUGGUUGGUGGGAAUGUUGUUGGAGCCUUAAUUGCAGCCGGUCCGGCCAUUGUGAUAGCUUCCUCUUUCACGAACGUGGCAUAUGACUCAAUUCCAAUAGAAGAUGAUGAAGUCUUCCAACUCUUCUGAAGAGCUUGGAAAGCUUGCAGACUCUGUGCAUCACAUAAGGAAAGGCAAUUAAUAACCUCAGGCAGAAGGAAGAAAAUCUCUGCUUUGGUGGGUCAAAGAUAUUUUUGGUUUUUCUUUGUCUUAUGGUUUUUGUGUCUGUUUGCUAUUAUUAAUUGUAAAUUGUAACCAGUUUCAUUUGAUUUGAGAAAAUAAUGAAAAUAAAUGAAUUUUUUUACUUGAAA